UCAGAACUCCUCCUCGGUGUUACCGGAUCAAACCUGCUGCUGAAGAUAAACCACCUCGCUGUUUCUUUAAGGCUCAGUUUGACCUCGUUGCUGUUCAACAUGUGGUCUGUUGAAGUUCGUGCUGUGCUGCCAGAGAACCAGGUGAAGAUGAAGAUGAAGAUGAGUAAAAGCUCAGCAGGUCAGAGGAGAGCUGCUCUCGGAGAGAUCACCAACUUUCCUGCAGCAGCAGUCAACUCAAAGAGGACGGGACCAACCAAAGCAUCAGCCAAACCAUCUGGUGCCCAGAAAGCUAAACCUGUCCUGAAAGUGCAGGAGGUGCAGCCGGUAGUCCAGGUCCCGGCUCCUGCAGAUCCUCUCCCUCCAGUUCCAGAGGAGUCUGCUGACGUGUCCAUGAAGGAGGAGAAGGAACUGUGCCAUGCUUUCUCUGAGGUGCUGCUCACCGUGCAGGACGUCGACGAGCAGGACUCUGACCUGCCGCAGCUCUGCUCCGACUACGUCAAAGAUAUCUAUAAUUAUCUCCACGACCUGGAGGUGCAGCAGGCCGUACGAGCCAACUACAUGCAGGGUUAUGAAAUCACUGAACGCAUGCGAGCUCUUCUGGUGGACUGGCUGGUCCAGGUCCACUCCAGGUUCCAGCUGCUGCAGGAGACUCUGUACCUCACGGUCGCCGUCCUGGAUCGUUUUCUCCAGGUCCAGCCGGUCUCUCGCAGGAAGCUGCAGCUGGUCGGUGUGACGGCCAUGCUGGUGGCCUGUAAAUACGAGGAGAUGUACGCUCCAGAGGUCGGAGACUUUGCCUACAUCACAGACGACGCCUUCACAAAGGCUCAGAUUCUGGAGAUGGAGCAGCUGGUUCUGAGGACCCUCAACUUCGAGCUCGGACGUCCUCUUCCGUUACACUUCCUCAGACGGGCCUCCAAGGUGGCCAGUUCUGAUGUAGAGCGACACACGCUGGCCAAGUACCUGAUGGAGUUGACCCUCCUGGACUACGACAUGGUGCACUACCGGCCCUCUGAGAUCGCUGCUGCGUCGCUGUGUCUCUCCCAGCUGCUGCUGGACGAGCUGCCGUGGUCUCCCACACAGCAGCACUACUCCACUUACGACGCGGCCCACCUGAAGCCGAUCAUGCAGCAUGUUGCCAAAAACGUUGUGAUGGUGAACGACGGGAAGACAAAAUUCCAGGCCGUCAGGAACAAGUACUCGAGCAGCAAGCUGAUGAAGAUCAGCCUCCUUCCUCAGCUGAAGUCGUCCACCAUCAAGACCAUGGCGGCUGCUCUGCUCAGCCAUCCUUGAGGAGAACUUUAUAUUUUAUCAGUGAACAUUUCACCUGCACUUUAUUUCAGAUUGAUCUCAACCCGUGGAGAACUUCACUAAAAUGUUUUUAUAAUCUUUGAUCCACGCUUUGUGGUUUACGAUUUAGCUUUUACUUUUAAUCGGUGCUGUUUUACCAAAACUCUGUGGUACGCCAGAUUUUCCUCCAGUGCACCUUGAACUGCACGAUGUCAAUCAAGCCUGAGUUGAGAAGUUGCACUGCUUCCAAUCAGAAGUUGUUUGCAACCAACUUCCUUUAUGUGAAGGUGUGGACUUUGUUUGUUUGUUUUGUACUUACUAACCGGUUUAUUUCAGCUUCAGUCUACCUCAUGGGAGAAGCAAGAUGCUUUUCUUUAAACAUUUGGCAACAAAUGUAAUCAGCUUUAGUUGCAUCUUUUGUACUCGAUCAUGCAUUUUAAUGUGUUCAUAUAUGGUGCAUAAUUCAUGGGUCUUGGACUUUGUUGGAUGUACAGGUAUCUGCUUUGUUCAUGAAUGUUUUAGAUAACUUUGCUUGUAAUUUAGCACCUCGUUGUUUCAUAGUGCCGAGCAUUCUGCAGCCGAACGUUGUAGUUGGGAUCUGGAUUUGGUUGCACCAGUUGUUCGUAAAUUUAUCACGUUUGUAUUUAGGAACUACUAAUCUCUAUGUAAUAACUGGUUUGUGUUGUGUGCAACCCUGUUCCAUGUGAAUCACCUAAUAUUUAUAUUAUAACUGUUUUGAACUUUGAAAAGGUGCAACCAGUUCCAAAAUGUUGAACAUUUAACUGACCGAAAGACUCAAAAUUAAAAAUCAAAACUCUAAA